AUGAGGGAUGCUGUUGCAGAGCUACUUGGUGGUCCACAACCAGAACUGUCAAAGACAAUUCGAGCUGCUCUUGAAGGCCGACAGUUUGGUGGGAUUUUAGGGGAGAUUCCUGUUCUGGGUGGUGAUUACUUUGCUUCUGAAUGCUGUAUUGCUAUUAAUUUGGAUCGAACUCAACCACCAGACCAGACCAGAUACGUUCUGCUAACUACUGCAGCUUAUUUUGAGUUCCUUCCUUUUGAUUUGGUCGUCAACCAUGGCAUUGCUGAAGAAACUGUGGAUUGCUCUGAGGUGGAAAUAGGGAAGAUGUAUGAAGUGGUUGUUACUACUUGCAGAGGACUGUACCGAUUCCGUCGUGGUGAUAUUGUGAGAGUUUUGAGCUUCCAUAAUUUGUCUCUAGAAUUGAAAUAUGUCAUGAGAGCUCCAAAAGCUACUGGUGAGGUUUUCACAUAA